AUCAUCGUUUACUCACCCGCUUGUUAUUUCACACCUAUCUGACUUUCUUCUGCAGAACACAAAAGAAGAUAUUUUAAAGAUGUUGCUAACCGACCAAGGGCGGGACUUAUUCACUUACAUUGGUUUUGUGUACAUACAAUAAAUAGAGACCGCUGUUUUCCGGUUACCAACAUUUUUUAAAAUAUCUUUUGUGUUAUGCAGAUGAGCAAAAGCAUAAAGAAUAAUUAUUGUUUAGCUUCAGUGAUCAUUAAAGACUAACUCUGUUUAGUGGUGUAAUGUGUUACUUGUGUUGAACACCAAAGAAGAUCUUGGCCAAGAUUAAGCUCAGACUGAAAUUUUUUUUUUUGGUGAACUGAUUUUAGUGUCAUUCAUCCCAAAAAUAUGUUUUUUGUUUUUUCCUAACUGCUUCUGGGAAACAUAAAAUUACAAAUCUUGAUUUGUGAUUGUGAAAGGCUUUUAAUUACUAGUCAUGAUCUCAACUGGAAUACUAGAUCAUUUUCCUGUCAUGAGAUGUUGAAAGAAUAGUCACUUAUUUGCCCAGGAUGUCUUGCCAAAUGUUAAUAUUUCAAGAUGCUGAUAAAUUUGUUCUCAUGCAUAAAGCCUAAAGAUUUAGGUUUAAUUUUACUCUACCCUCGAAUGUUUAGCCUUAAUGUGAAGAUCUCGCUGAUGUAAAGUGCUCCAGAAAAACAAAUGAAGACGGCUGACCGUAUCAUCAAUAGAAAGAAUUUGGACAUCACAGAAAGAUUCUUCAGAAGGAUGUCUUUCCUGAGAGAGAUCAGUCCAGAGAUGAAGAACGCUUUUCUUUCAGAGAAAGCUGUUUUAUUGAGACGUGCUGCGCAGAUCACAGCCGAAAUACAACAGGGCGAAAGAAAAGGUUAUAAAGAGGUGCUUGAUUUGUCUUCGGGUGACCUUCACAGUGGAGGGAUAAAACCCAUCACAUUUGUUCGACAGGUCCUUGCUGCUUGUUUCUAUCCUGCCCUUUUGCAGGAUGACAGUCUGCCAUUGGAUGUCACACAAAGAGCAAAACGUCUCCUUAACGAAUGUGCGGGUGGAAGCGUUGGCUCGUACACAGAUUCAAGUGGAAUUGCCAAAAUCAAACACUGUGUGUCUAAGUUCAUUUCCAGAAGAGAUGGAGGAGUUCCUUCAUCACCUGAAAACAUCUUCCUCACAUCUGGAUCGCAGCGGGCUCUCAUGAUAAUACUGAAGCUGCUUGUUCAGAAUGAGGACUCAUGUCAGACUGGUGUGCUUAUACCCGUACCCUCCUACUCCUCAUUUAACAUGGCUGUAGUUAGCCAAGGACUUGCUAUGCUACCUUACCGGUUUUGUGAGGAGCAGGGCUGGACACUACAGGUGGAAGAGCUACGCAGAGCACUCGGAGAAGGCAAAAGGACCUGCAAUCCCAUGGCGCUUUAUAUCUGCAACCCAGGGAAUCCAACAGGUCAUGUACAGAGUCGGGAGUCCAUUGAAGAAGUGAUUGAGUUUGCUGCAGAAGAGAAGCUCCUCCUACUGGUUGAUGAGGUGUACCAGAACUGCAUAUAUGGAGAGGGACCUGAGUAUUAUUCUUAUAAGAAAGUGUUAUCGGAAAUGGGCUCAACUAUUUCCAGCGCUGUGGAGAUGGCCUCCUUCAAUUCUGCCUCCAAAGGCUUCAUGGGAGAAUGUGGACUUCGUGGUGGCUACAUGGAGCUGGUGAAUUUUGACCCUGCGGUUAUGGAUUACAUCCAUAAACUUUUUAACACCGAGAGCUGCACAGUAGUUGCUGGACAAAUUGCACUCGACCUCAUGGCAGAUCCUCCAAAACCUGGAGAUCCCUCAUUCCCUAUCUUCUCGGAGGAGAUCGAGUCAAUUAAAAAGAUGAUACGUAAUAACAGUCAUCGGACUCAGAAGGUUUUUGAUGAGCUGCCGGGGAUCAGCUGCCAGCCAUUAAAGGGUGGAUUUUUUGUCUUUCCACGUCUACACUUCCCUCCAAAAGCAAUAAAAUGGGCCAAGGAUAGAGAGAUGGAGCCCGACAUGCUGUACUGUUUGCAUUUGCUGGAGGAGACUGGUCUUCACGUGAGACCGGGCUGUGAAUAUGGACAAAAAAAGGAUACCCAUCACAUCAGGCUUUGUUUGGCAACUCGAGAGGAGAUCAUGGAAGAUGUUUUACAAAGACUGAAGACGUUCCACACAUGCUUCAUGAAAGAGUUUUCUUAGAAAGUGUGUGUUUAUUAGUCUAGAUUGUGAAAGCAAAUGUCUAUUUAGAGGAACAUGAAAGAUCUUUUAAAUAAUUGUUUUUCUUGAUCAUUUGUAUAACUAAAAUGCUUUCGGUUUCAGUUACCAAGAGAUUCGCAAACUUUAAUACAUAUAAAUUGCCAUUGGCCAAUACUUUGACUAAU